CACAGUGUGUUUUCUCUGCACUGUGAGGAGCUGUCUUUUGUCACUGGUGCUGAAAGUAGAUUACUGCCCUGCGUCUGUGAGGGGAGAAUUUGAUCAGCAGGAGGGAAGAUACCCAAAAGAAGAAAAAGAAAAAGCUCUGGAGAUUGCUUCAUUACUGGAAUCCCGGAGGCGGGUGCGCAUUCAGAGAAAGUUUUCUUGGAAACUUGGACUGUAAGAGCAUCUCUUAACAAGCUGUAGUUGCUGUACUUGGACACAGAGUUUAUUUCCCCACCACACUUCCUCUCUCUGCCUCUCUUUUCCUCUCUCACUCACUCUGACAGCUUGCCCACCUCACUUUCAAGCAGUCACUAAUUUGAACACAUUCAGAGGUGGGAAGGAGAGUGAUGUGAAAGGAGGAGGAGUGGUGAGGCGGAGGGAAGGCGGGAGGAGAUCACUGACUUCUUUUUUUCCCUCUCUUUCCACCGCAGCGGGAGGAAGGGUGCACACUCCUCCAAUUCUUCCCUUUCUUGGAUUCAUACUCUCCACCAGAAGAACUAGGAUUGAUUGCUACCAGGAUCAGCUGAUUUGGACCUGGAGACUUUCCCGUCCUGUCCUGUGGGUCACAGUCAGUAUGACGGGCUGCGCAAAGCGCUGCAAACAGGGAAUCAUCAAGUUUGCCUUGUCCCUGCAUAAACUGGUCACUGGGACUCUCAUUAAAGGUAUGUUGUCAGUCCUUAAACAUGUUUGUACUCGUCUGUAUUGUGCAAGUGCGUGUCACACAAGUUGAAACCACUAAGAGGAGCUCUAAUUGUGCGUGUCAAGUUUGUUGCAGGCAAACUACACCUUCAUAUAAUCAUCACAAAAGCAAAAGUUAAGAGUCUAGUCCUCUUCAUCUUUCAUCUGCAACUCUUCUUUACACUCUUUUCUGCCUCUUCUCUUGUCUGCCGUUGACCUCGUUCUGUUCGGCAUGCUCUCCACGGGGAGGAGUGAAGGAGACAGAGAUGAAGGGAGUGCGCAGCUAAUAGAGAGGAGAGAUAAAGUUGAUAUAAAGCAGAGGUUUUAUGUGUGUGUGCGCGCUCGUGAUAAAUGUGAGUAAUAAAGCGUGCUUGUGUGGCACAAGGGAAGAGGAGCUGUACACACUGGAGAGGAGCAGGAGCGGUUUUACUAUUGUGAUUCAUGAGGGGGUAUUUGGUGUAUGUGUGUGUGUGUGUGCGCUUGGUUCAAUGCCGAUAUGUAAGGGUGCUGCAUUCCUAUGUGUGCGCACAGCAUUAUGAUCUUAUUCCCAUGUUUUUAUUGUGGAAGCACGGACCAAGUACAGGAAAUAUGUACAGAGACAUGCUUCAGAAACUGUAUACAGCACAGCAGCAGCAGCAGCCUGAAGGCACACAUACAUACACACACACACAUGCACACAAACACGUACACACUUACAGUAUAAAGCUUUUCCAGCCAGUUGACAUUUUGUCUGCAGGGAUGAGAAACAUCAAAAGAAGUCGGUGGCACACAUACAGUAGAUGAACAAAGACAUGCUCAAAUGCACACACACUCACACUCACACACACGCUCGCACACAUGUUUUUGGAUGGCUCAAGUAUUCACUCACAGAGGGUAGAACUGCCCUCAAGGUCUCUCUCUCUCUCUCUCUCACUUAAGCACAUGCCAAUACACAUUUUACAUCACGAGCGAAGCUGCUGUUGAGGUUUUGUUGCGUAACAAAUUACUCCUCAAAAGAGAAAUUCAGCCGUAGUCUAGAAGGGAAGUGUAAGCGUUAAGUCUGUUUUUGCCACUAAAACACACAGAAGUAAAAUACAUCGUUGAUUGAAAUACACAUGCGCACACGGAAUUAUACACACAUAUGUAAUAACGCAUGGCACUAACACAUGGCAAUUAAAAAACACCCCCACACACAAAGUAAGGAAAUGAGCUGUGGGGAUAAAGAUCAGGCUCUGCGCAAUAUGAUACACACACACACACACACACACACACACAGAUAAAUCAAUAAACAAACACAUAUUCAUACAAGCAAAGAUUUAUGUCCUCUCUUUAUCAAACCUCCACAGGCAGCGAGGGCUACGUCUCCAGAUUUGACAACAGCCAUAGCGGAAAAUGGAUUUGACAUAGACUGACACAAAUACCUACACACUCACAACAAACACUAUCCAGCUCCUGUGAGGAAGUCCCCGUCUGUAUCAAUUUUUACACCCCUGACAAAGUGAUUCCAGAUACGCUUAGUGUAAGUGUACGCUUUUCUAUCUCUAAAUGUGUGUAAGUCAAGUUUAGGACAAAAGUACCCCUGCCACUCAUCAUAAAUGUUUGCCUUUGAGAAACUAAAAGGUAUUUUUUUUACCUCGCAGAAAUUGACACAUAGAAAUCAUUGGUCCCUGAAACUCCUCACAGGAGCUGUUUCAUGGUUCUUGGAUCAUGAUUAUGUCGUCUUGUUUCCUAAUUUCUGGAGUUUUGAUUGCGCGUGAAGAAAAGCUGCCAGUUCACUCUUUGAUCAAAUCCCUGCACACAAAUGAUUCGAAUAACUUCCACGUUAUUUUCUCUAGCAACACUUUGAGCACCUCUUUCUCUGAAAUUUCCCUUUAAGUUUCCACAGGGUGCUGUGGUCCAUUUUAGUUUCAGACAGGGUCCGCUGCAGUAACUGGAUCACAGUAAAUUGGGCAGUUAUGAAGCCAUUUGGAGUAAAUGGCUUGAGAGUCCAAUUUAAUGUAGUUUUUCUGGGUCUGAUUUUGUGCUAAUCGCGUCUAAUGGAGAGUCGUUUUCUAAUGUGUGAUUGUUCUGAGGAUCAUCUUUGCUGAUAAAGGAAACUCAGAUGGCAGAGAUGCAGCAUUACUUAUGUGUCAGUGAAAGUGGGGAGUGUUCAAGUGUUUACACUGUCUUGUCAGAGCCCCAUAGCAAGAUCAUACACUUCCCAUACUUCAACUUGGGAGCAUCUUUCAUUAGUCUUUCCUCAACACCUUUUUCUUUUAAGUUCCUCUCCUACUUUUUAUCACCAAUAAAUGGUAUCCUGUAGAAAAUUCUUCCUCUAUACAUCAUUUACAUUUUAAUGUCCUUGAGGACACCUUCCCAAAAGGAUAAAUAAAGUUGUUUCUAAUCUAAUCUAAUCUAAUCUAAUCUAAUACAGCUACUGUAUUAUGCAAACAGUUUAUGUGCUGCAGCCAUCGUCUCGCUACAAAAACAAAGUUUAGUUUGGUGUCAAGUAAAGAAAAAUACCUGAUCUCUUUAGGAGCUGUAGGCACAAACACAAAGGUCAGGACAUGAUGAAUCUGCGUCUGUGAAGGCCAAAGUAUUAAAGUUUCUCUCAGACAGUAAAUGUGAAUCUCUACAUAUGAUUUAUUAAAGGAAAAAAAAAGUCAAAGUCAGUAAUUUUGGGGGUAUUGAUCUAUUUAUUGACCCAUCAAUUUAUGCUCCCCUCUGUAAGUCUGAUCUCUGACAGAGCCAGCAAAUCUUUCCUUCUUACACUGAAGGCUAAAAAAGAGGCAUUUCUUUUUGUAGCCAGAAGGCCUGGCUGCCCUUUUAACACUCAGCUGUAGGUUUUCAGAUGACCUUUUACAGUUUGUGUUUUAAGACAGUUGAUGAGAGAGGGAGUGAAAUUGUUCAGAGCAGCUUUUCUGCACCUUUCUCUGCAGCAAAAUGAGCUUUACAAUGGCGCCUGUUUGAGUGCAGGAGGAGAAAAUAGUGAUGGUUUGUGUCAUUAUGGUGCUAAGAAACUGCAGGAAAAGAAAAUGUAUAGAGGCAUAUACAGUAAAGUCCAUCUGUGUCGUUGGACUGUCAGAGCAGCAGGGACCUCUGCUGGCAGCAAGAAGAAAAUGCAAGUAAAAAUGAAAACUAUCGUACUAUGAUGCAUGGUCUGAUAUAAUGCUGCUAUAAAACCUCAGUAAAAGUCAAGAAUCUGAGCUUGAUUCUGCCCUUAUUAAUGCUGUUUAAAAACAAUAAAAAAAACCAUUAUGUAAUAACAAAAAGGUCAAAGACAAACAUAGAAGUGGAAGUAUUUGUUGCAUUUUUUGAAAGAUGCUUUGCCGUCACUCUUGACUUGCAUGACAACCAAACUAAAUUCUCUCUAACUCUUGCAUUUAAAUUUUUUUUUCUCCAUAAAAUAAAAUAAGAGAAAGGGAAUUGGAUAGUGGUGGAGUCAUUCUAUGAGUUCACCUGAGUGGCGCUGCGGAGGGCUCCAAAAAACAUUUAAGGUGCCCACCAAUAGUUUCAGGUGUGGCACACGAGACGCUUUUGUUUUUGAUCUCAGGCUGGCGGCUGGUUAUAUUUUUGAUUUAUUGGUUUAUUGUGCAAAAGAAUAAACGGAUUGGUAUAUCCAAAUGAAGUUUUUUUGCCUACAAAAGUUUAAUUGUUUUAAACUUAAUGGAACAAGUUAAUGGACAAUCAGUGAGCAAGCAGAAAUAUGGCCGCGAGUGCAUAAAGGUGCAUCAUCAGAUAGGAAAAAGGUAGUUUGUAAUUAGGGAACACAAUCUUCACAAUAACAGCAAAUCAGCGAUAAUGUAGCUAUUCUUUUGUUGCAUUUCAUUGACUAUUUAUUGCUUUCAAAAUCUUGCUGAAAGGUCCUCCAAAGGGUUAGAAAAUGGCAAUAGUCCCCGUCUCCUUGUGCCCAAGCUGUCAAUCCCUCUAUGUUGAUUGUAAACUUUGAGACUGCCCUGUAUGUUAGACAAAAACAAUACAAGUGUCUAAUAAAAGGAUUUACUUCCCUUUUCUCUUGGAGCGUCAUCGUACACGUUUCAAGAUCCAGCUCUGAUCAUUCUGCUCACCUGCAGACUGAGAAGACCAAAUCUUUUCCACCACCCUGGUUUUCUCUCUCUGUCUGUCGCACCCUGCACUGUCAGCCUUCAUCGUAAAUUUCUCCUCAGCUUCCUGUCAUCUCUGAAAACCCUGUAAACAUACUGUCAAGCAACGGUUUGCUGUAAACACCCUGCCUGAUUUCACUUAUCCUCUCCAUGCAGGCCUCCCCUCAGGGGCUUUCCAUUGGCAUACAAAUCCACCUGCCAGGGCACAGAGCGGUAAGCGCUGAGGUGGUCUUAGCACAGAUGUUGGCAGAAACAAAAAAGGGGGUUGGCUGGAAAAUCCAGGAAAACACAGAAAUUUAACUGCAUCCCCCCAUCCCUGAAGCUUUGAGAUACUUACACAUCAUUUAAUUCUGAACCCAAGUCCUGACCUUAUGUUGCAUUAUCUUCGUAAUGACUGUACACAGUUUGUAGAUAAUUUACAAAUCAAAAGUGAUGAUCUAAAUUCAGCCCAAACUUUUCUACACUUGUUACAGGAGGUUCUGUCUUCAAAAACUUACAGGAGAGUUUCCUGGAAACAAAACAUAACAGAUAAAUGAACAGACUCCUCUUCAGUCUUCAAAGCUUUCUUCUGUGGGGAAUUGAAGGAACACGCAAUCUUAAUCAUCCUCCUGUCUGUCUGUUUACCUGCUUCUCUGACAGACAGGAGGAUCUGUAAAAACAGUUCACAAGAGAAAAACUCCACCAACUUACAUUGUUGCUCUUUACAAUUCUUGGCAUUGAACUCAUGUAAUAAUUAUUUUUAUAUCUUGUCUUCCCCUCUGAGAUAGUCUCAGACUGCACAGCAGGGGGCGUCAGAUUCCUCUCCCUCUUUCUCCACCCUCACUGUAGCCUCUCAUUGUCAGAGCAGAUCAGAACAAAACUCAGGUUUCAACCAAAUGACCCGUCGAAUAUUCAGCGUUUUAAAGCGUCGCUGAUGAAGCGGCUCUCCUUGUUAUGGCUGAUGAAUGCAGAUCGACAUUGCAGUGUUUUUUUUAUUUUUCAGCUGAGGGUUUACCAACAUCGACCACGACGAGAAACUCAGAUUUGAGGUGGUCCUCAUAAAUGCCUGAUGAAAUAUUCAACAGCUCUCCUCACUUCAGCCCCCCACCCGCCCCCUCUUCAUGAGUCUGGGGGGACUUUGUAUUCAGAGAAGAGAAGGAGUGGGAAAGAUGAGUAAAUGGAAAUAAAGAGGGGGAGAAAGAUGGAAAUGUGAGUUUGUGUGUGUAUGUGUGCAUUAUUCAUGUCUUAAACACGUGUAUGAGUAAGCACAUGUGUGUCUCUGUGAACACAGGCUUUGGUAAGGAUGUUACCGUGGGUCCUUUUCCUUUUUGUGUGUGUGUGUGUGUGUGUGUGUUUUGGCUGCUUAGCUCUAAAUUGCUGUCGUGUCACUUGAAUGUGCCAGAGGGGACACAGUGUGUGUUUAAUAUAAAGUAUAAUGAUUCAUAUGGAAAACGCUCUCUGAGGAGGAGACUCCCUCCUCUCCUUGCUGUAAUCAAUCCCAAAGCUGCAUACAAUUAACACUUCCAUCGCUGUGAUCUGCUGAGGAGUGAGGAAAAGAGAGUCACGGAGCCAGGAGGAGGAGAGUCGAUAGAUGUGUUUGUAUUCAGUUCACAGAAAUCUCUGGGGAGUUUAGGAAAUAAGACUUAACUGCCGUGAACAUGGGAGUAAAUUGCACUUUUGUACUUUUAAAGGAGGAGGCCUGGUUUGUCCCCUACUAACUGUCUGUGUCCAGAGAAAGAACAGACAGGAUAUGAGUGUAGAAACACCAGAGGCAAGGUGAUGCUCUCUGUUUAACUUUAAUAGAAAAAGAAGAGAAGAAAUAGGCUGUUUUUGUGUUUCUUACCGGUGUAAUAAUAUUUUGCUGGUUCAUCUUCACCUCACAAGGUUUUAAAAAGCUCCUCAAAAUGCAUCGACCAGAGGGAGCAGGUUAGAUGGUGGCCAGAAAAAGGCGUUUUUUCACAACUUGACUGGCGACAUAAAGUAUGUGGGCGGCCUGUAGCAGUGAAUCUUUGAGAGAAAUUCACUGUGGGGCAGAAAAACAGCAGCCAUGGCCUUGAGGAGAGGAAUGGGUGGUUGUCAUGGAGAGAAAACCAGAUACAUUCAACAAUACAGGCUCCAGGUCUUUCAAACAUGACAUUGUUUUCUCUGAUGAGUCUGUUAGAAAUAGGCACCAACAGAAUACAGCCACUAGAAAUCUUGUUUAUAAUCAGCUGAGGGGUCACCGCAGCUGAGAUACUUUAUGAACAAAUUACUUUGUGCUUUGGUAAAUGCUGCAAAAGACUCGGUUUAAUCUGUCCAGCCUUUAACUCUCUCUGAGUGAAAAUUGUUUGUAUCAUUAAUUCGACAAGUGAGUCUUUAAAAAGAGGUUUCAGGAGUAAAAAAUCCAUAUAAUGCACUAAGUAUUCCCCUGCUGUGUUGAAUUCGGUGGGUUGUGUUUGAUUGAAACCCCUGUAAUAACAGUGAUUAUUUCUCAGCAGUAAAGAUGCUGCCGGGGACAACCGUAUUGAAUCAAUCUGUGAAACAUGUCGUGCACUUUUUUACCAGCAUGACUUUGUACUAUAGUCAUGCUGGUUUUGAGAUUUGACAUAAGCUGAAGCAGGGAUGUCCCAGUCCCAAUCUCAACUAUUGGAUCAGGGCUGAUAGGGACAGUGUCUUUUGUUGUGACAUUUGCCUCAUUGUAGUGUGAGAUGCUCAAAGGUGAGGGAGAGCUGGAUAAGGACAGAAAUGAUGAGGUAAAUAUUAAAGGAAAGGUCUUUUUCACUCUGGCUCACAUUCUCAUACAUUAAAAUGUUCAGUGUAAUGUUUGUGUGUAGGGAUGCACCAAUCCGAUAUUCGUUUAUCGGCUCAAAAAAUUGGCAAAUUAACUGGAUCGGAUAUCUGAUGAAAGACGCCGAUCUAGCGUUCCUUUUUUUUCUUUUAAUUAAUAUCAUACAAAACAACAGCGAUUCUGUUUGCGCUAUAUUCUGUUUGUCUAUCGUUUUGCACUAAAUGUUUACAUUGAAGUCUUACUACUUUUUGCUGUGUGCUAAUGUGCAAUUUGUUAAUAAAUAAUAACUAAAUUUAUAUCUGUGUUAAUUUGUUACCUUUUUUUUAACAAGGCUAAUGUCAAGCCUGAUGCCUUCACUCGCAGGGCAAGGUAUACAGUUCAUUCAUUCAACAGUAGUACUGGAUCGGUAUCGGAUAUCGGCCGAUACGCUCAGCCCAGGUAUCGGUAUCGGAUUGGAUCUCAAAAAAUGGAUUGGUGCAUCUCUAUUUAUGUGUCCUUCAAGUAGACUGAAAAGAUCCACUACUGACCACAAGCUGCAGUAAGCACCAAUGAUAUAAGAAUCCACAACAAAAAUGCAGUGCAGCUUUAUUUAGCUGUUUUUGAGACAGAAAUCUAAAACAAACUAGACCAAUAAACCAGAACUGUUUAUGUCAGGUAUUGAAAAUUUUGUCAUCUGAAAAAAAUUUAAACUUAUACUUCCAGUUAUAAUCAUAUUGCAGGUCUUGAGAAAAGCUGUUUUCGCAGUAUUUUUUCUUGAUCCACACAAAGUCAGGCGAGCCUUGUUGCACAGCUCUGUGUUGGGCUCUGCGGUUUGAAGUCUUCGGGGGCCGCUGACUCAUGUUUGGCUUUUUUAAGACAAACUGAGAUGUGAUUGACUCAGUGCAGCAGAAUUUGACAGUUCAUUCCUGUGUCUGUCAAGUUGGUAUUACUCGUCUCCUCCGCUCCUCACUCCAUUAAAUAAAACUGUCGUAUGAUGACGGAGGCGUCACAGAGCCCAUUUGAGCCAUUUAUCGGCCAGGUGCAGUUUCCACUCUUCCAUCUUUCUGAGCUGUCCCACCAUCUUGUUUCCAUCAUUUUCUACUCCCUCUCUCCCUCAUUUCAUCCACCCCCUCCCUACCUCCUUCCUCCCUCACCUAUCUCUCCCUCCAUCUUCACAAUCCUCCCAAUUCUCUGCUCUCAUUACGUCUCCCCACCUUCUCUCCCUAUCCCUCCCUUACCUCUACCCAUCCAUCUCGCCCCAUAGAUCCUCUAUUCCCUCCAUUUCGCAGCUACUGCCCCCCUGUCUCAUUUCUUCACACAUUCCCUCUUUCCUAGCCUCCCAAUUCUCUUCCCUCAUUGCCUUCUUAUUCUUUCCGCUGUGUGGGCAUUGCUAUGACAGUUUCCAUCCAGCCUUUGUCUGAUGUGAGCGGGCAGGAACUAAGCGGACGAUUUAUUAUUCACUCCCUGCUCCUGUGCUUGUCAACACCUUUUUUCUCCCCGCUGUCAAAUACUUUUUACCUUUCUUUCUUUCUUUCUACUACUCCACCGCCUAACCCCAUCUUUUCCCUCCCUUACCCUCCUUCCAUUCAUGCUGGCAGCCGUUUCAAUCUAGUAAGAGGUCCAUUGUGUAACAGUUAAUAAAUGAUGAGAGAGAGGUAAGCAGACGGGCACUCAGAAUGAUCCACAGCACCCUAGACAGGCCCGAGUAGCUGCACAGACGAUGUCAGGCUUAAUGUCUUGGAAGAGUUUGGCGCUCAGCCUAAUGUAAUUGACCUGUUGCUGUUUGAUCUUCUUUUUGCAGUGUAGGUAGAAGCUUUUUUUGUGUCCUGGUUUAAACCAUUGAGCUGUUAAUGCAUCAAUUACUUUGCAUUUGAGAGCAGGAUAGCCGAAAGACUGAUGGGUCAGGGGGGAGGUCAAAGCCCAUCGAUCAAGAGGCCUCGCUCCCCUGGCUUUGACUUUGACCCCUUCUGAAUUAAUGCGAAGAUCUCUUUGGGUCUGCCGUGCAUUCAGAAGGGGCAACAAGAGGGCAACAAGACAAGGAGAUUUCCUCUCAGAGGGACGGGCUGCAAAGUCAGAAAAGAUGCAAAUUAAUCAAGACAAAUACAAUAAUGGAAAAAUACUGCAAAUGCAAAGAAAACGCUGUGAAUAAAAGGAUUUAAAAACAUAAAUGCACAAUUAGUCAUUUAUCUUUCAAGAAACAAGUUAGAUUAAAAAAAACCUGGAGAGCAAUACAAGUGUGCUGCCAUCUGGUGUAGCUGCAGUUACUCCUUCUGUGGUGACCGCUCACUUCAUGCACCUGCCUCCCGACUGUGACAGCAGCAUAAGUCAGUGGAUUUAAAACAUUAGACUGCCACUGAAGAUGAAGGAACCUCAGUUAGAUAGUCUUAACAUUGCUGAAAUUUGACAUAAUAAACCUUAUCAUUAUUUAUAUUCAGUACACAUGUAAAUAUGAUAUCUAAGUUUCUUUAUCCUUUGAUUUCUCUUUUGACGUCUGUACUUUGCUGCUAUAUGUUUGGAAUUUCCCCCUGUGGGAAUAUUAAAGGAACAUCUUAUCUUAUUUGACAUAUUAGACAUGGAUUACAAAAGUCUGAUUAUAAAGAAAGACAGAAAAGUAUCACCAUCAUAUUUGUGAGGAAGUGAGCAAUAAUGUUCCUCUACCUGCUGGUGAGCUUACUCACUUAACAGCUGCAUUUAAACAUUGUGGCAUAAAUAAAAAAUGCAUAUUUUGCAUGUAAGGAUUGUGUGCCGCUUUUAUCUAAUCAUGCUAGCUAGUACAGGAAAGUUUGAUAGGAUCAGUUAACAGCAGAUGCCAGCUACACACCACUUAGAAAUAAAUCCCAGUUGGGUAAAGUUAGUAUGUCAUGGUUGUUUCAGCAGCUAAGAAUGCCAAAAAUUCUUCCAAGUGUCCUGAAUGUUAUUUUCUAAAGUUAAGUGACAUAAGAGAAGUAGAAAAACUUAAUCCUUUUAUUAUUCAGAGGCUGCUCUCGCAGUGUUCCUCAGACUUGUAUGUGAAUUUCUUUCAACACAACCAAGGAUAAAUAUUCUGCAAUAUUAUUUCUUUCUUUUGUGAUUUCACUCUCCUCAUUCGUCAAGUUUCGUCAGUGCUCUGUGAAAACUUGGUAUUUGGAAAAUGUCAACCAUGCAGGGACUGAAAAUCAACCUGUUUUUUUUUUUUCCUGCCUUUUCUCUGCAGCUUUGUUUCGGGUUUGUUUUGGAGAUUUUCGGCUCAUUUGCUCACCAAAGUCUCUCUCCACACGGAUUGGUGUGUGUGUGUGAAGUUUAACAUCAUCACUACAGCAAAUCACGUCCCCUUAUCUCGUCUAUUCAGCCAGGCUUUCAGAAUUUAAUUUGCUGCUGUGUUGCUGCUGUGGUGUGUGUUUGAAAGCCUGCUUCUUUGUCUCUCUCUCUGUGUUUAUUGACACUCUUACUUGUAUUAACCAGUGCAUGUGUGCGUGCAUUUGUGCAUGUGCAUUUACCUGUGUGAUUGUAUUUGAAAUGGGUUUGUUGUUGUUGUUGUUUGAUCUUGAUUAGAGAUUGUUGUCAGAUCUGUGUCUUUGUGCACAGCUCGAGAGAAGGUGUGUGAGUGUUGAGAUGUUCUCUUGAAUACUAAAAAAAGUCCCUUACAGAUGUCUCUAACACACACACACACACAGACGCACGCACUCACCUGCCCUGCAGUGCUCCUGUUUUCACUUUCUUUGUCUGUCUGCCUUUCUUCUUCCUCCUCUUCUCUAAAUCUCAAUUUCUCUCACACCUCUUUUUUCCUUUCUCUCUUGUUCUUACACCGCAUUGAUCUUUGGCGUACGGGCUCCUGCAGCUAGUAGCUUUUAAUGAAUGCCACGGCCUAAUGGCUUUAUCAUUGGCCUUGAUGGCUUCAGCUUGGCCACAUUGUCAGCUCAGCUGUAAAUUGUUUUCUUAACCAAAGUCAUGUGAGGAAUUUCAAUCGCGGUGCAGUCGAUGGUGUCUGAGCAGCCUGCCAAUCUUUGUAGCAGGGCGUUACACGGAGGGCAGGACAGGGUUAAUGUGAUUGACAGAAAAGUACAUUUGUGGGGUUCAUUCUGUUGUCGAGGACAUGUGUGCUCGUGUGUGCAGUCUGGGUGUGUGUGUGUGUGUUUGUAGCUGAUGGAUCCAUCAGGGGAUGGUAGAGUAAAAACGUGUCUGACAUGGUGCAUUGAUGCCCCCGCUGACAUAUGCGAGGCAGUGUAUCUGCAAAUAUAGUGGUGUCAGAUGAGCAGGGCUUUGUCUGUGACCCAUCCGCUAGCAGAGCAAUUCAGCAUACACAUACACAUACACAUAGGCACACACGCACUGGCAGGGAAACACACACCACCUGUCAGACUUGUGCGUAUAGAGAUAGAGCAGCAAAUACACUCCACAGUCAGACCGUUUGCCUGCUGAAUAGCAAAGGGGGACUGAUCAGUCUGGCUCUCCCUAAUCUUCCACUCACCUCCUGCACUCUUAUUUUCUUCCUAUCUCUCUCUUCUCACCCUCUUUCUUUCUUCUCCUCCUCUUCUUCUCUUACCUCCCCCUCUGUUUACGAAUCCUCUUAAUUCAUCUUCGUCUUCCUCUCCUCUUUUUCCCUCUCACUCUUAUUUUUUUGCCAUUUUCUCUUUCUGUUUUUCCUCCUCUCCUCCACUCUCCCCGGAGUUUUUUCCCCUCUUACACACCCCUCUCCCUCUCUGUUUGUCUCCGUCUCUUCCUGUGCAACAGUGUGCAAUCCCUCUUUCCCCACUAGACAGACGAGAAGAGCGACUGAGACGAAUAGGCGGCGAAGAGGGAGCUGGAGACAGAAGCAGAGACAGAGAGAGGCAGAUACAUAAAGAGGCACGGAGGAAUUGAUGGACUGACAGGCUGGUGGCAGGGGACACACUGAGGGGAAAAAGAGAGAGAGAGGAAGAAGAGAGAGGAAGAGGGAGGGAGUGCUUGAGAGAGAGUGGAUGUAAAAUAGCCAGCUUCUGUGACAGCGCAGACAAAGGUAGCUUCAGAGUGCAUGUGCGCUCGCUAUUUCAUUCACACACACACUCGCUCUUCUCACACGUACACACACACACAUCUUCUCCCUCCCUCUCUCUCUCUAUCUCUCUCUCUCACUCACUCACUCAGACACAUGCACACACACCCUCGAGCAGCAGCGACAGAGCUGUGUGGGUUCGAGGCAGCAUGAGAAGUGGUAUCUUUGCGUCCACACACAGCAGGCUGAUGGACUAACUUAAUUACAACGCACACACGUACUUCACACACUCUGUCAGGCGCACCUUGAUUACAGGGAGGCAGACAUACACACACAAACACACACACACGCACACACGUAUUCCAUUCAUAGCUGUCUGCAGCCAGAAGUCAACAUGGGUCUUGUGAUGGGAACCUUUUCCAUGCAAACAAAGCAGGUGUCCUACCACAAAGGUAAGACUUUCGUUUUCUUUACGAUCAUCGUGUUAUUUUGUUUUGUUGGGUUUUUGCUCAGGAUGUGUGUGCCGUUUUUCAGAACAUGCUCGAGACUUUCACAUGAAGAGGAACACCUGUCAUGCUGUGUGUGUUUGUGCUUUGAUGAAGGAGUCUUGUAUGUUUGCUCUCUGGCUCAUGAAUAUUGAAGUAGAAGUGCAUUAUGGGAACGGUAUAAGUGCGUACUGGGAAGUGAUGUAAAGUUGGCAAAAAAUGUCAGUCAUUACUGGUUUAUGAUGCAAUCUGGGCCACCUGUCCUAUAGAUGCAGGAAUAAAUGUAUGUGUGUGUGUGUGCGCGCCCUUGUUUGUGACUGUGUGUUUGUGCGAAUGUGUGAGUCUGUGUGUGUGAGAGAGAGAGAGAGAGAUCCAGAAUUGGGCAUGUCCAAAAAAGGUGAUGGUAUUUUCUAAAGCCUGCUUCCUGUCUGCCCCUGCUGCAGUUUGACAGAACAAAACUGGCACUCAGAUUUGAUGUAUGCAUGGUGUGUGUGUGUGUGUGUGUGUGUGUGUGUGUGUGUGUGUGUGUGUGUGUGUGUGUGUGUGUGUGUGUGUGUGUGUGUGUGUGUGUGUGUUUAUGGUAGUUUGGCGUGUGGUCAUUUGCAUUCAUGCCCAUGCUCAUAAUUCACUCCUGAAAUACUGGAGUGUGUCUUUGGGGGGUGUAGGCUUGGCGGGUGUUGUGUGGCCGCUGUGACAUCUGUGUAUGUACUCUAUCUAUGUGUGUGGAUGUGUGGAUGUAUAUAUGAGUGUGUGUGUGGGUGUGUGUGUUUGUAUGAGUGCAAUAAAUCAGUGUGCUGUAAUCUGUCCGCCUUUGGCCCUGGUCUGUCUUCAGUCUGUUGACCUUAGACGUGAUGGUUAUCACCAGCAGACACAGAGCUGCAGCAACACACUCACACUCACACUCACACUGAGGAGGAGACAGGAAGCCUAAAACCCUUUUUACACUGUGAGAUCUUGUUAAACAGACUGUGUGUUACAUAUGCUGUGUCAAAAAUUGUGUAGGCGAAGGAAGUGAUGUAAAUUAUGUGCUGUGAAUCUGGUGUUAGUCCCUUUAGAGACAUCCUUUCAGCUGUCCAUAUUUUCUUUGUUUUCCCUGUCAAGCAGUGCAUCCAGAGCACACUGAGUGUUAUAAAAACACUUUAGUGUGCACAGAAACUGUCUUCUGAAACACAGGCAUACAUAUAUAGCAUCCUGCGUGGGUUGUUUAUUUUAAUUCCGACCCGCGCCUCAUUGCAUUGCAUGGCAACAGCUCUCAGCAGAUACUUCAGAUGUUUGCUGAACAGAUACUUGGGGCACAUUUUCAAGGUGAUGAUUUCAGCUGCCUGAAAUAUGAAAUCUGCAGAGGGAUCGAGAGAUUAUUAAGACAACAAAGAGACAUAUGCUGUGUGUUGUCUGCCUCCGUUUUUGAGAGCAACCCAUUUACUCUGAGGCAACAAUGCUUACAAAGCAUCUUACAUGUAUUUUUAGCCAAUUUAGUGCAGGAUAAGCUGCGUUGGUUAGGGUAACCUCCAAAUAGAUCCACUUUGAAGUUUGCACUGCUAGUAGUGAGGAAGAGGAAAGACGGGGGGGAGGAGAGAUGAGUAAAAAGUGGGAAAGAAAAAUUGAGAAAAGUUGAGAGAGGAGGCGAGGGUACUCCUCAGGGGGCUGCAGUGUGAGUGUCAGAGAACGGGUGUGUGUUCCACCAUCUGCUGCAGUGUUUCUGAAAAGUGGCCUAAUGAAAGCAGGGCAGGAUUCAUUUUGCAUGGAAGGUUGGCUCAUCCUUGAUCACGGCCCAACAUGAGGCAGCGACCAGCUGGGAUGCUCCUGACGUGAACUUGCUGAGGAGUGAGAACUUGUAAGUAUGAGAAAAAAUUCAGAUUCAGUCUGACUUUGUGCCGUGGAGGUGAGUGAGGGAGGCAGAGACUUGUAAAUAGGCCCACAUGACUAGUGACUUCACUCAGACUCUCGCCUGAACAUUUUUAGACCCUCUAAUUAGAAAUCAGCUCACACUCCAUGAAAACUUGGUAAAGGCUCAAAAAUAUGAUGAGCCAAGGACUUGUUAGACUCUGGAUUCUAAUGCUUAUACUAACACGGAAAAGAAGGACUAGUUUGUACAGGUUUAUGAUCCAUGACAUGAAUUUGGUCAAUUAUCUGUUUUACAAAGUAGGUAUAGCUGAGGCUCUUUCUAUCAGUGAAUAAUCUUUGUGCACUUUCUGGCGUACUCUAGUUGCUGUUCAAAACUGAAAAGGCACAUUAUGCAAAUAAUGGUCUCAUUCAAGGACAAAGGCUAUGCACUUUUGUCUUCAUUAAAUGGUUUUAAAAAGAAAGGUGUUUCAUUAAAUGCUGGUUUUAUGUUCAAUAUGUCUUUUCAUUCUCGGCUUUAGAGGCAACCUUGAGGUUGGCAUCCUCUAAAGGGGACCUUGUAGGAUAAAUCUGCGGUGAUGGCAUUUAUUUUUACUUACGUACUGUACCUACUUGAUCUACUACUUUCUUUUGUUCCUUGUAAAGGCAUGUUGGUAUUUUUUUAACAACAGGGAGAUAUUUAACAGAGAAAGAGUGGGGGGAAGAGCACCAAGUAUAACAUUCAUGUAAUGUUAUGUAUUUUAUUCACCAGGAUGACUCGUACACCGCUUUCUGUUUUGAAAUGUAAGAUUCAGCCAGUGGGAAAAUAAGAUCAGACCUCUUAGAAGGGAAAAUCAGCUGUUGAUAUGUAUAAUAUGAAAUAAGUGAAGCUAUAGCCUACAUAUUUUCCUAUUCUUUAAUGCCGCGUAGUUCUGGAGGUAGAUAUGGCUAACUAUUUUAGCAGCUGUGUCUAUAUAUCUUUAAAUAACAGCCUCAGAUCUUUGCUCUUAGAUUUUAUUCCUUCCAGGGAGAAUGCCUCUUUCAUCACCACUCUACAAACUGUUUUUCAUUUUGCAACUUGAACUGUGUGGGUAUGAUCUCCCAUGAGAAGUUUGUGGGGAAAAAAGCUCCAAGGUAAACCUCUCCUUUAACAGCUCUGAGUAUUUACUGUGCAGACAUCGUGGCAGAGGUGAAAAGACUGAAAAGCACGUUGGCAGACAGAGUGACCAAACAACAGGCUGAAAAAGAGAAAAUGUCAGAGCGGCUUUUAAGAGAGUGAAUUGCACUCUGAAAUUGUUGGAGCGACAACUCGCAACAAAUACCAUUUCUUGCAUAAUGUCACCCCCCAUAACCUCUCUUGUGCUUUGAAUGCUGAAUGAGAGGUGCUUUGGUUUAAAAGCUUAACACAAGUGCAGUCCAUUUACAGAGCUUUUUAUGCCAAUUAACCAGCUGGAUUGACAUAAAAUGAGAUGCAGAAAGGUGUUAUUGGAUAUGUCAUUAAGUGAAUCUGUCAUCUACAUAAAAUCACGUUUUUCCUCUUGAGAUACCAGAAGGAAGAGAUACAGUUUUAGUCCAAACGUUGUCCAGCUCAUACGGCCAUAGGUUGGCAUGAAGGAAAAUAUCUGCAAUUGACCAUCUCCACUAGGGCAAAAACUGAAAUGCACCCACUGUCCCUGUGCACAACCUGCUCUGCUGAUAGAAAAUGUAUCCCAGUGGGUUUAAUAAACUACAAAACCUGCACCUCUCUGACGCAUUCAUCUCCCUGUCCAUUUGCUCCAUUUGUUUUCGCCUCUCCUUUCAUUUUGCUCCGUUUACUCACUCUGUCAAGAGGAUUUUCUCUCUCCUUCUCUUUGUCUUGUUCACUCUCACCUCAUUUCACCUCCAUAUUUUGUCUCUUAUAUGUUCAAGUUUGUCUUUUCUAUUUCCAGAGAUGCUCUCCUCCUGAUCCAGAGGAGCUGGUCGUCUGGCAUCUCUGUUUAUCUCAGGGUUCCUGCCUCUCCAGCUCUGAAACCCCCACAUCUCCUUCUUUUCAGAUAGCCUUGUUUCACUCCAACUGCUUCAAGCUUUCAUGUGAAUUUUUAGUUUGGGGCUUGAAGAACAGAUGUAAAUAGGUGUUUGAGUGUGUGUGUGAGAUCUGCUGGAGAAGGAGUGUGUUUAUUUCAAUGACUCCAUCUGCUGCAGGGCUAAAAGAGCUGAGAAGAGAGGAGGACUGCUUCUUUAAUGGGUUUUAUAGUUUCCACCCCUCUCUCUCAUCCUUGCACAUCAAAAGAAGUGCACCAAAAGGGCCAAUUAGGAUGGCAAAAGAGGGUUAUUAGGCGCGUGGAAACAUGAAGAUGAGUUUCUGGAUAAUACCACGCCGAGAGCGUGUGUUUAUGUUGGUGUGUGUGACUGAGUACGAGUGUGAAAUGAUGAGAAACAAUAUUACAAUCUGACAUCUUAUAUUUCUUAACCUCUGGGUCGAUUUUCGCAGGAAGUAUCAUUUACAUUUUUAAUAACUCUGUCCUUCAUUUAAGAUCCUCUGUCAGUGUUUGAUCCUUCAGGGUUGCAAAUUAAACCCACGUUCAAGCAUCCUAUUAGAUAGAAAAAAAAUCAAUAUAAAUGAAGAUACUUUAUUUGCAUAUGAUUUGCUGCCAAAUGAUUGGCUCAGUUCUUCAAAGAUAAACAACAUUUUCCAUGCGAUUUAUCUCCACAGACAGCUCAGCCUUGUGCUUGCCUUCAGGCUCUGUUAUACAGGAGCCAAACGAGAGAAAUGCAGAUGAUGAAUAUAGAUAGCUACUUAGCUCUGACUGUAUGGCUUAGCCUGUGUGAUCAGUCUUUACAGCGGUGAUGCUCAUCACUUGAGCUUAAUUAAUUUGACAGCUAGAAUGAGACACUUAAAGAGUAAAUUGGAGAUGUUGCCAGUGAAACAUUGUACAUCAUACGCACCGCAAUGUAUUGAAGUUUUAUGAAUUUUAAAUCAAAAGACUCCCUUUUCCACUUCCACUAGAUAUACUGUAUAGUGUGCAUAUCCAUGAAGCAUGUAAUUAAAUCUAUCAUUUGAGUUUUAGAAAAGAGGUAGUGCAAGAUUGAAACACAUUAUUAUGCAUACACCACUGCUUCACAUUCAAAGAUUUAAUGUCUUGACUGUAGUGUGAGUCAGCUUUUCUUUUACCUGACCCGAAUGAAGCCGUCUUAUGCUCUGGGUUUCAACUUCUGAGAGCCAGUGUUCAUUCACAACAGUGGACAGAGCCACUUAUCUGUAAAGCCAGUGUGCUCCUCAUGGCUGAGCAGCAGGUAUUUAAAAUAGGUGGAUGAAAGAUAGAAACAGUGAUCGACUCAAACGUAGACCAUGGUAACUAACUGAUGUGGAGUUAUGAUUACAAUGUGGCAGAGACAUCAGACAACUAUCACUAAAACUGAGAUUUGGUGUUGUAAGGUGUGAUAACUGAAGAUAAGGAGAGUGCCCGGAAAAUGCUAAUGUCUGGGGAAAUCUUACUGCAGUCUUAGAAGCAACAUCUUCUAGGAGACUAAUAGGAGAGCGUGUGAUCGACAGUAUGCCCAUUACCAGAACCAUCAACAGGCUGACAGCCUUGGACACUAGAAGUGGUGGUGUAUACUGUGACUUAUGGUGAAAUAACCAACAACCCACAGGUUAUUUUUCAUUUUUAUGGUAUUUAUGCAAAAAGAAAAAAAUGGCAAAAAGUACUCUUGCUUACACCUGUCAUAACCUUUUUAAUGUAGUUUAAACAUAACACUUUAAACGAUAUUUUACUCCCUAUUUCUGAAAACAAUGCUAACAAUGUUUACUGUAUUACUCCUAUUAUUGCAAAUACAAUUGUUUCUUCAUAAAAACAAGAUUAACCCUUUAAUGCCUGAAAUGAAAAAUUAUGGCCAGAAAAUUUAAAUUUUUUUGGAGCUGAAAUGUUUAUUUCACUUACUACUGAAAACCCCCAAAAAUCAAAAUGUCCUUAUAAUUUAACAAAUAUAUUUAUUUAUCUUGUUUGAUACAUUAGAUGUUUUUUGGAAACUGAUAAACCACAAGAGGACAUUUUUAUCAUUUAUCGGACUGUAUUCAGGUGUUUUUAUAAUAAUUUGUUGAUCAUAUUGAUUUGAUAGUAUCAUAAGUAUCAUAAAAGUAUGUAUCAAAUAUCAUACAAAAGGCAGUAAAGGGUUAAGUCACCAUAAAGAAUACAGUAUGUUUUUUUAAUUAACUUUGUAGGUAGAAGUAGGGGGUCAUCUCUUAUUAUAGGACCAACUAGGUCAUCUGAUAUUUUUGAGCAUCUUGCAUCUUAAUCUUAAAAAAACAGUAUCUGCAUAUAAAAAUAGGUGGUGAUGUGAUCGGGGCGAUAAGAGGUGAAAACAUAAGGGAUGACUCAUCUUUAUCUGCAUAUUCAUCACGCUAAUUAAAACCCCACAGGAGCGGUUUCUGUCCCAUGGAAAAAAGUGUCUUAAUGAUAAUUUCUAAGUAGGGCAGUGAAAAAAAAAAAAUGUAAAAACUUGUUUUGUAUCUUGUUUUUUUUUUUCAGUUAUCAGAGGAGAAGGCAUCUGUUAAAGACCUUGUACUCACUAGAAAAUCCAUUUCUUGAAGUUUAGUUUAAGGAUAAAAGUUUGCUGCAGUGUGAGGGAAGCAGAGAGGAGAGAUACACAACGUUAAUUAUCCAUGGAGGGAGAAACUUGGAGUGAAUCUGAAACUGUGAGAAACAAUCAGAAAGAAGCACAAUAAUCACGCCUUCAGCUGACAUGGAAAACACCCGACACAAUGCCAUGUUUUUGCUCGUUGUUGUCGCUGCAGAACAAUCUGACGCUGUGAAAAUAUCCUGUGUGUGUGUGUGUUUGAGAGUGAGUGAGUUUCUGGUAAAUAAUACAUGAUGUAUUGCUGUGGCCUUGUGAGCAUCAGGUCUAUGACUCUGAGUUCACCGCUGUGUCACUCACUCACUCGCUGGAUAGUUUUAUCUCUGCAUGUGUUAAAGAUGCAACGAAUAAAUAAAACUACAGACGUUGAGAUGUAGAGUUUUUGCUUGCAUUCGUUGCACUGUUGUUACACUUUUCCUGGGCACUGACAUAUAUUGAGUCUGAUCUGUUUGUUUUUUUUUCUUUCGAUUCUGCUAAAUAAGUAAGUAGCUAAAUAAUUAAAUAAAAACCAACCCUUUGAAUCCAGAUGAGUGUAUUCCCUCCGCUCCCGCCACCUGCUAGUGUAAGCGAGUGUCUGUGUGCAUGUGUGUGUUGACUAAGACAUCACAUCCCCUGCCAAAGUAGUUAGCUGUGAGAAUAAUGCUAGAGCAGAAACUGUGUCAAAGAGGAAAACAUCUUUAUUCCCGCUGCUCAGUCCUCCUCUGUCUGUGUAUCUCUCACCCUCUUAUCGAUUCUCUCUUUAAUCACUCUGUCCUGCAUUAAAUCUUUAUCUCCUGCUUUUUCACACUCCUCAUUCCUGCUUUAUUUUGCGCUUUGAUUUUUUUUUUUAUUUUACACACCCCUUCAUCUCUAUUUCCCCAUCUAUCUACGUCCCCACUUACCUCCUUUCCAUCCAUCUUUUCCUCGUUCCUCCUCUCUUUGGAUGAUGACAGAUCAAUAGCAGAGGAGCCUUUAAUUAUUCUCUUUUUCAUGAUGUGAUGGGAGCGCGUGAGAGGCUUAGCAUGUGUUCACUAAUAAAGAUACAGAGGAGCAACUGAGUGGGAUUUCAUUUGGGAAGCACAUAUUAGUAUUGAUUUUUCUAAUAGACGUAUUAGUCCCUGUCCGAAGCCAUGCUGAACCCUGAUGAGCAGUUUCUAAAGCCGUGUCUGCUGAUAUGAUGGCGUCACACAGCAACACUGUGGAUUAUUAAUGUAUAACUGUGCUGUGUGGACGCGUUUUUGGAGGAACAGGAGUUUUUUUGUCGCAGGCUGCAGCUCAGCACCGAGGUUGGUCUGAAUCUUGCUGCUUUAAAAAGCUGAGCUGAUUUUCUGAAGCUCCUACCCAGCGGUUUAAUCUUAAUCAAGAUCUUCAGAGUUUCAUUUUCUUCCUCCUUUCCCCCCCUCAUCAUCUUCUUUGUUCUCCCAUUUUCCUCCCUGCAAAUGUAAUGUUUGCAUGUCCCACUUGCUCUCUCCACUGCCUUUUCUUUCUUGUGAUGCCACUCGCCCACUCUCCUGGCUCUUGUUACCCACUUCUUUCUUUUUCUUUCGCUCUCUGCAUCACACUCUGUAAUCUCUAGCUGGAAGCCUUCCUGAUGCGCUUCCACAUUCUUCCUUUUCAUCUUUUAUUGCCAAACACUGUAUGUUUCCAUCUCCUCCUUUGCUGCCUUUUUUCCUUUGCCCUUAUGUUCAGCCAUCCUACCUCUUCUCGCUCCUGCUGUAUGCUUCCUCCUCUUCCUCUUAUCUUCUUUCCCCCUUAAAGUAAGCCUGGGGUUUUUUUUUUGUGAAACAGUCUGCAGCCAUUCCCUCACAUGCCUGCAGGGGAAACACCAGGCAAUCCGGCAGCAUGUUGUGCACACACUUGCGCACAUACACACUAACUCUCUCUGUGUUUCUUAGCUCUACAGACAGACUUUGCAAUGAUUACUUAAAGGAGGAACAUUUCUGUCUGAGAGUAAAACCAGGGGCCUGCAAGAGACUGCAGGGAGACAGAGAGGGAUGAAGAUGUGUGAGUGGAACAAGCCGGAAACAGUGUUUGAAACGACAAGAACACUGGACUGAUAUGUUCCAGAGAUUUAUCGGGUGAGAUGGACGGAUAAGGGUGUAUCAGGGAAGGCUGUGUGCCUGCAGACAAAUUCACAGAUAAGAGGGGAGAGAAAGAUGGAUAGAUAUAGUUUAAGGCUAAAGAUGAAGCAGGGUGCAGUAAAGAUAGCGAGGAAUCACUCUGAUGGGCUGUAAAUUCCUACAGGCGCAAUACAGGCAGGGCGUAAAAGAGCAGACCGUGUGUGUGUGUGUGUGUGUGUGUGUGUGUGUGUGUGUAUUGCAGGGUGUCAUAAGUGUCCACAGAGACCUCAUCCUAUGAUCUUCCAUUUCCUCUGCCCACAGUUGGUACAUGUAUGAAAUGAACAUGCAUACAUAUGUGUGCUCCUCUGUGUGUGUGUGUGUGUGUGUGUGUGUGUGUGUGUGUGUGUGUGUGUGUGUGUGUGUGUGUGUGUGUGUGUGUGUGUGUGUGUGUGGCAGGAUGAAAGGAGGCAUUACUCCCCACUGCUGUCCAUUCUGUCUCUCUUGCUGUUGUGAACCCAAACCAAACCACACAUUCAUGGGCACACUUUAGCAGAAACAGAUUGCAGAUUUUUUACUCACUGAACUGAAUAUUUGCAGCUAAAUCUUCCCAUAUGGCUUCCUAACAAUCACACUUAGUUCAUUAUUCACCAGCAGUAGACAAAAAAUGUUCGGAGCACUUGCCACAUUCACAGAAGCGUUUUUAUGGAUUUCUGGCUUGAUGUUAAAUGACAGUGUGUCUAUUUUCUAGCUCGACUAUUGACGACUUGGCUGUAAAAGUCGACAUAUGCAUCAUGAGCAGGAGCAGUUGUGGCUUUUUUAAACGUUAUCUGCUGCCCAAUUUUUGGGAAAAAGAGAAGAUUUGUCUUUGUCCUUGAAACAAAGCGCAACUUUGAUCAGCACUGACAAUGACGUUUUUACACACUGAGUCCCCAGGCUGGCUGCUUGAAGCUCGACCUGGUACUUAGCAAACUGAGAGUUAGUAUUACCUGACACUGAUACUGUGCUGUCUACAAGAUCUGUUUAAUGGCUGCAAUAACCAGUUACCAUACAGAUUUAGAUUUUAAACACAAACAUAAACGCUUUAAAAAUCAAUAAGAAUCAAAGUGCUUUAUUACAAGGUGAAAUACAGUUAUAAUAGAAGCUGUUUUACUUUUGUAUAAAGGAGUUAGAAUAUUUGGUAACACUGAAUUUGAUGCCUAUCUCUAUAAUGCAUUAUGAAUAUAUGUGUAAUGUGUUAUAAUCACGUUAUAGAACUGUAUAUCUAUAGUUAUAAACACUCAUAAAUGAUCAUGCUUUACAGCAAUAAUCAUAACACAUUAUAAAGCAUUUUAUCAUGACUUACAAGGUCAGGUAUUAUAAUGUGUUAUAACUGUUAACAACAGUUGCAUUGCAUUAUUUAUGUGGGCUUUGUCAGUUAUAACACAUUAUGAUACCUGACCUUGUAAGUUAUGAUAAAAUGCUUUAUAAUGAGUUAUGAUUAUUGCUAUAAAGCAUUAUGAUCAUUUAUGAAUGUUUAUAACUGUAUACAGUACUAUAACAUGAUUAUAAUGCAUUAUACAUAUAUUUGUAUUGCAUCAUAAAGAUAGGCAUCAAAGUGUUACCGAAUAGUUAAAUACAUAUAGAAACUGUGGUAAAAAAAAAAAAAGGAAAAAAUAAAUAAAAAUGACAAAAGCUACAGCGACACAGAAGUAUAGACCUUUUAGGAAAAGGCUAUAACAAAAAAACAUGCUGGAAAUGUAAAAAUUAACCAAUACAUACAAAAGAGCAGCAUUGAGAGUAUGAUAAAACAGUGUGUAAAUGUGCCAAAUCUCUUCAGUUAUGGGAUGGAUCAAAUAUACUAUGGUCUGGGUCGACUUGCGGAUCAUGGAUCAGAUCAUUUUUCAACUUUUCUAAGACAGAAUUACUAUUUUUUAUCUCUCACUGAGCCACGACCAUAACUGUAACCUUUAGAGGUGCGCUGUGCGCAGGUUUCCUUCCAGAGGGGCCACCAUUUUGCAUGACCAUAUGUUACGGCUGUACAUGUUCUGCAUAUAAAGUGAGGAGCUGCCUGGAAUGGACCAGUUGGGAGAUGAGGAAGAUGAAGAGCCGAGCAGUUGUUAUUUGCAUUGUCAGUCAUUUUUGAUUAAAACUUGAUUAAUGGAGGAUCAUACUUAUGUGUCCCCUGAAGGCCACCAUUGCUCGUGUCGCAUCAUUAGCAUGAUGGGUGAGUAGGCCUAUUGAGAAUAGCCUAUUGCUAAAUGUUGUAAUAUCUACACACUGUCCCUUAAAGGGUCAACAAAUUGUCAUCUAUCUUCAUGCAGUUCCUUUAUGGGUUUUUUUUCUUGCUUGAAUACUCAUGUUGCCAGAUCUCCAAUAUCAAAAAUAAGCACACAGAUAAACCUGAGCUCUUUAUUUUGAAAAAGUACAACAAUCUGCAAAAGCUGCAUCAUUUCAGUAGUAGUAUUUUUUAUCCCACAACUAAGAGCAUCAACUUUACAAACACAAAGCACAAGUCCAUCUGUGAAUUACAAGUUUGCUUUAAUCUGUUUCCUCUAUAAUGAGGCUGUGUGUGUCUGUACAAUGGCUGCCCCUGCGGUGCACAUCGUGUGAGUCAGAAAAAACACAACAUGUAGGGAGUGUGUGUGUGUUUGAAGAUUGUUUUUUCCCGUUUGUUAACCAAGCACAGCACUAUUUAGCAGAGUGAGCAGAUUUAAAAUGAUCAUGUUUCGCUCGCUGAAUGCAUAAAUUGAACUUGUUGCUUCUUUCUCUGAAAACUCUGGGCGGGCUGUACAUCCAGCUCUGCUUCAUUAAAAUGUUUUGUUUGUGUCUGUUACACAAGCACAGUGUGUUAUUUUGUCAUCUGUAACAGUCCUCCACUUUGUCUGUUUGCGCUUUCGUCACGUCACACCAUGAACCUUGUUUGUAUUGAUCGAGCUGUAAUUAAAAUGUGAUUUCGUCUGCUGCCUCUGUGUGUGUGUGCGUGUCUGUGUGUUUACAGCUCGUACCGGGUGAGACACACCCUCCUGCAGUGUUAUCUGUCACUUCUCCUGAUCCCAUUCCUUCUGCCCUCUUUCUUUUCACGUCUUGCUUUUUCCGGCUCUGAAAAUCUCGCUCUUCCCACUUCCUUGACUCUAAGCCUUUCCCCGUCAUUUUUUUUCUCUCUCGCCCGCCUGCCCGUCUCUCUUCCCUUAUUUCUGCCUUCCCCGGGAGCCAAUCUGCCACUUCUCCUCCUUGCCCGUCCCCUGUAAGCAUGUGUACAGUAUAUGUGUGUGUGGUGGACUAUGGUUGGAUGAACAGGGAUGAUGGAUGGAGUGAGCAGAGGUGGUGAUGGAUUGAAGUGGCCUUUUCAUGAAGAAAACCGUGAUGACGAGGAAAAAGAGAAGUUGCAAAGAGCUCUCCCCGGAUCCUGUCAUGCUUGUUUUUCCCCCCUCGUUCCAUAAUUCAUAUUUACCUCCACAGUCAAUAUUUCUUCUGGUUCUUAUUUGCAUAUUUGCUCUCCAUCAGAGGAAAACAGAUGCAUUUAGGUGUGAAAUGCAACAGGGCAUGUUUGUUGUUUCCUUUCAGAGUGAUUCACGCUGUGUCAUCAUUUACAAAUCAAUGGGUCCCCUCGUAUUAAUUUAUAAUUUGGUGAAUCAACAUCCUGCUGAUUUCACGCUGAAUCACUGAUGCUCCGCUCGGGCUCUUGGCUCGCGGGUAAAGGUGGGAGGGAAAAAGAGUGGGAGGGAAACAACAACCCCUAAUAAAAAACAAAGAAGAGAGGGAGGGACGCUUAGAGUGGGAGAGCAUGGGGAGAAAAAGAGGGGAGAGAGAGAGAGAGAGAGAGAACAAGUAGAGGAGCGCUGUGAGAUGAAGUGAGAAAGCAUGAAAGGAGAGAUGAGAGAAAGAGGGUUUCUGCUGAGGAGAGAGAUGAGGAUGAGAGGAGGGAAGAGGGUGUGAGGGAGCGUGUGCGCGCAUAUGUGUUUGUGUGUGUGUGUGUGUGUUGAAGCCGUCCAAACACGUGACAAAGAGAUACAGACUUCAGCACACAGACACGCUUGUUUCCACAACGACAACAGCAAACAUGGGGGCUGUGGUGGGCACGUUGACCAUGCAGACCAAGCAGAGGAGGCCGUCCAGGGGUGAGGGAAUGCACACACACACAACACACAACACACACUCACACAUACACUCACACUCACUUUCAUUUGCAUACCCUUGAACACACAACAGUUUAGUUUCUCUUUUGAAGAGAAACAUGCAUGCCCAAAAACUUUUAACUUCAGUUACUUGUAUUUUUAAGACACACACUCACUUACUUCAGCUGAAAAGACAACACACACACACACACACACACACACACACACACACACACACACACACACACACAAGGAUUAAUAAGUGCUGGUGCUCAGCUUAGAUGUAGUGAAAGAAAGAGAGCAUAUGGUGGUUCUGCGGGUGUGUGUGCGAAGUGUAGAGAGCAAGAGAGUAGGAAACAACAGGUGUUCCCAGAGGAAAACAAAUCUUUGUUGUGUUUUUUUUACCACAAAGUUGCAGUUCGUUUGUGUGUAUAUGUGUAUGUGUGUAUCUGUUCACAGAUAUGUUCUUGUUGAAUCCUUUUUCUGGCAGAGAAACCGCAGAAAAAGAACAAGAGUCAGCUUUUUUCGACUAUUUUUUAUUCUGCAGGUUUGUUAAAGUGUGGUUUUUUAGUGUGUGUGUGUUUGUGUUUGAGAUGACGUGUGUGUCUGUUUGUUCAUCUGUGUGUGCAGAAGCAGAAAUUGAAUGCCGGUAAACACACACACUCACACACACACAUGUCGAAGGUAUUUGUCACUCUGCUCACACACACCGCUUUUCCGUCUUGCUGUUACCUUGGAAGCACGGUAGCCAUGGCAACAAAAGAUGUCAGUUUUGGGGUGGGAGGGUAUUGGUGGGGGCGUGAGUGAGUGUGCAUAUGUGUGUUAGAGAGGGGGGGUCUUUGAUGAGACUGGGGUAUUCCUGAGUGAGUCAAGGCCACGUGAGAAAGAGAGAGAGAGAGAGCGAGAGAGGGCGAGAGAUGUAAAUAUGAAGCGUGAGCAGAAAGAGGUUUCUCUAUGACGACCUGUUGCGGGAACGUUUUACUACCUUGUCACACAUCGUAAUAAAAACCUGCAAACCUCAUUUGUUAAAAUCUAACAAAAACAAGCUGGCUGCUCCGAUGAGUGGGCACACAGAGCAGACGAUCACUGCCAGAGACAAAAUACCCUCUAUUAUUACUGUGCACUCAUUUAAACUUAUCUGUUGAGGCAGGCUAUUACUGCUUUGCCAGUGCAAAUUAGGCCAUACAGGACAUUUUCCAAGUGAGUGCAUAUGGCCCGUUUUAUCUUUUGAAUCAGCUUUUUUUUGUUGUCGUUUUCCUCGGCGGGCUCCAACAAACACCUCUCCUCAUGGGCUUUAAAAAGGCAAGGCGUAAAUUUGUUGCUAUUUUGAAUAAUGAGGUGGUUGUAGAGCCGCUCGCAUUGUGCAAACGUGUGAAAUAUGACCCUCCCUGCAGAAUGAAAACAAACCUUUUUUUCCCCUCUCUCUCUCUCUCUUCAGCUAAUGCCCCAGCUAAAGAUGUGAAAUAAUGGGAUGUGGAGCCGGAGCGAUUUGGAGGUUGUUUAUAAUUCUGUUGUGAUAUCUGAGUGUCUCUCCUUUUCCUGUUCGCCGUGUGCUGGAUUAGCGCCGCAGGGCUUGUAUGUGUGCAGGCGCCCUUUUCUGUGGGGUUGCAGAUAAGUUGUUAUCCGGGAUCAUGACUCUGACAGCAACACUGAGAGGGAGUGUGUGCGCACCCCUAAUGGUGUUAGAUUAGAUGCCUACAUGAUUGAUCCUCAAACCCGUGAACUCGGCUCUGUGCUUAAAAAAAAACAAAAACAUCCACUACAUCACCAUCGUGUGCCACAGAAGAUUCACAUUAACUUGUUUGGACUGUCUGCUUCCAUCAAGACUGCCUACUGUUCCCUCCACCGGCUUUGUUUCCUGUCAAGUCGUCUCGUCUCUCUUUGACAGCCUCUCUUUGGUUGUAGUUUCCUCCUACCUGUUGUCUUGUCUGCCUGCCUCUGUCUAGCAGCUGUUUUCCUUCUUCGUCUGGAGCGGUGGCCUCUGACAACUCAUCUCUCUUGCUUAAUUUUCUCCUGGCAUCUCCCUCCCUCCCCUGGUGAAUUCUUCAUUUCUUUCCAGCCUCUGUAUCUCUGUCUUCCUCACUAACUCCCCGCAGCAAUGUUGUCUCAAUCUUCUCCCUCUCCUGUUCCUUUACUGCUGCUCCCCUGCUCCCUGUCUUAUCUCGCUCUCCCUUUACUCCCUGCGUGUCUCAACCUUGUCUUCCUUUUGUUUUUCAUGUCUUUUCCUCUUCUUUUUUUACCAUCUGCUGUUUCCCCUCUCCCUGUUAUAUGCCCCUUUAUUCCUUCCCACUCCUUUUCCACGCUUGUUUCCCUUUAUCUUACUUCUAAUUUCCCCCAACCCUCACUCUCACAUGCCACCACCACAAUCUGCUCUUGGCAGCCUCAUCUCCAUACCUCUCAACUCACUCUCUCUCUUUUUAUGCCUCCAUUCUUCCUCUCAUUCGCCUCCUUUCUCCAUCACCCACGCUCCCAUUAGCUGGUGUGAGUGCUUAUUAAGUCAUCUCGUCAUUUUCCUCCCCUGGCAUCCAGCCGUGUGUGUGUGAGUUAGUGUAUGUGUUUGUGUGUGUUGUUGCAGAUACUCAAUCUAGACAUGUAUUUACUCCAAAAUCACUCUUGGCAUCCUCCUGUAUAUGUAUGUUUGUGUGUUUGUUUGUGUUAGUAAAUUUAGAUCACAGUUUGAAUGGUUGAUACAGUGUGUGAGGAAGUGGCAUUAGGUGGAUUUCUUUGUGUGUGUGUGCCUAUCUGUGUGUACCCAACCGCACAACACUGCAAACACCCUUCAGCACUUUAGUCCUGCUUCACAGGCUGAGGAUAAGUAAGUAAACAGACAUGUGUGUGUGUGUGAGUGAGUGUGAGCGUACAUGCAUGAGAGUGUGUUUUGUUUAUCUUAAGCAAACGGUGCUCACAGCUCAAUCUGUGACCCUUGAAAUAACGUGUUCGUGUUUGUCUUGUUGAUAGUGUAGGACCGGCUCUAAUCAAGUGUCCGAGUCUGAGUGUGUUUGUUGUGUGUUUACUGAGCAACUCAAAGGCUACUUAGAGAUUUGCCCCCCGUGUCCACUGGCUCGAGUGAUGACUGUGGAAAACAAUAUUGCGUCUUGGAGUGAGAGCUUGAUUUCACGCUGUGGAUCAUGAUUAUGUUGUGCAGCUUUCUUGUGAUGUUUGAAGAAAUGUUGCAGCGGAGGUCUAUUUUUAAGAUGCUUCAUCCAUAUUGUACCUCUGGGGAGCACACGGCCAGUCGAGCCGCUGUUUCCCUCUCCAGAGCGCUCUCCAUCGAUGGAGAGGCCGGUGAGAGCAAGCCCUCUCCAUCGCCGCCUGGACGGCAGAUUAGGGUAAUUCAGAUUAUGCAAAUGACAAGCUUUCUGGCAGGGAUUACAGGACACGGUAUGAGAAGAAAGGAGGAGAGCAUGGCGGGGGAAGAGGGGUGGAAAAAAAUGAAGGCAGAGUUUGGCAGAGUGGGAGAGAUAAGAACUGAGGGAGAAAUGAGAGCAAACGUUAGAUACCAGAAGCAGAAGUAGUCAGUCGGGUUAAAUCCUGUUUUGGGGGCCAGAGGAAACAUGUUUGUUGGUGCAAAAGGUGCCUCUUGUGCGUGCUUUCUGUCUUUUUCUGGUGAUUUUCUUUGCUCAAAGUUCAGGUCAUCACUUACUCCUCCAGACAAGCUCUGUAAGAAAAGAGUUCAGGCUUUCGGAUGAUGUUAAAGUCUGUGGCUUAUAAUAACUUGAGUAACAAAUGACACCGAAGCUUUCUGGGUCUCACAAACCUGCAGAGUUUGCAGACUUACUUUUGGAUCACAGAACAUGUCGUUUCUGGAGCUCAGGGUGAAAGGAAAAAACAUCUCAGUGCCUCUUUAUUUUGUCUGACAAGAUCUUUCCUGGAUCAUAAUUUUGCUUUUGCUCUGAGACAAUCUGACGAUUCACUUCUUCACUUUUGAUGUGAUGCACUUUGUAACUUUGUUAAAAAAGUUUGAAUGCAGUCUAUGAUUUUUCUUAUUAAUACUUUGACCAAGUUUUGUCUCAUUUUCAUAGAGAAAGGAACAGGGUGCUCCCUGUGAACAGUGAUUAAGAGCUGAAUUCAUAAUCCAGUCCCUAAUAUUCACGGAUGGAUUACCAGGGAAAGGCCCAGUGGGUUAGUGGUCCCUCGGCAGCAGAAACUCUUUGAAGACACUGUUAAUAAUAUAUUUGUUGGAAAAAUUAAAGGAUUUGGUAAGAAAUUGGAAUAGUCUGAUCUCAAAGUAGGGCAUGCUUGGUUACCUCAGGGGUCGCUGGAAGCAAGAGACCCUAGCUGUCUGUGGUUGCAGAGGCAAAAACCAAACUUUGGGAGAAAGACUUUCAACUGGUCUCAAACGACUCUUGGCAGAUUAAUGUACAACCAAAGGAAGUCAAGGUCAAGGUUUUGUCAUUUUUGAAUGACUCCUGACUUCAGUAUUUGGUGUGGCACAAACACAUAAGACAGGAGAAGUCUAUCAUUUACUCAAAUUUAAUGACAUUUCUAAAAAUGUCAAGGUGUUGAAUCUUGUCUAGAGAGGCAGCAUCACACUCUAAAUUGAUAAAAGUAGACGACAUCCAUCCAGUAAACUUCCAACCAGAGCAUGUAUUAGAAAAACAUAUUAGAAAAACAUGAGAAAACUUUGUCAUAAAAAGUCUAUGAGUUACCACUUAAUAAAACAGUUAGUAUUGAGCUCAACCCCUGGCUUUCCCCCUCUCGACUCUCAGACGUACUGAUUUGAGGAUGUCCACACAGAUGAUUUAGUGGUUGCCAAGCAACCGUUUUUAAAGCUCUGCAUUCUUUUUGAUUCUAUACAAAAAAGCAACUCGUCUCAUUUUGCAAAGGACGCUGUAAACAUAAUAUAAAAACUCCUAAGGCAAAGACGCCUUUGAGAAAUAGAAAAUGUUCCUCACUGCAUACAGAAAACACAACGUCCAUCUAUUCACACUCUGACUUUUGGAUCUUUUGGUGGAUUUCAGUUUGUUCUUUCCCUGAAUAAGUCUGUAAAUCAUCCACCUGAAUGAUAAACUGUUUUGUGUGUCCUGAAAUUUUACUUCACAUCACAUACCUGGCUGAUUUACACAGGAUUAAAAACACGGACAUGUCCAACCUGCUCCUCCAGUGUUUUGUGGAGGUUUGGGACACCCCUGCAGUGGAGUAACAAACUAGGUUGUUUUUUUUUACACACCUCAAUAAAGAGGGGAGGGAUGGUGUUUAUCAUCAUGAGAAGGAUGUUACACUGUUCUGCCUCUUCUGAAAAACGAUUCCAGGGAGCUGGAAUGGAGACCUCAGCAUGCCUGAACAAUGCGGACUCUCUCCUAUUUGUGGAACGGAGGACCUGUGAGGGAUGCCGCAGGGAUAUGGGACACUAAUUCUGUUGCGACAAGCUAUCAAGUCCUUUUAUAACCAAAGUGAUAGCUGUGUCUCUGUGGUCUGUACUCUCGACACAAAAUCAAGCAUUUCCUUGAUCAGUGUUGGCCUCAGUCAGGGUUGUUUCUUCUCAUUAUUUCUGUUUGUGAUUUUCAUGGACAGGAUCUCAAGGUGCAGGCUUAAGGACCUUGGGUUUUUCCUCUGCUUGUUUUAGACAAUGUGGUUCUGUUGACUUUAUGAAACUGUGACCUCUAGUGGAUACUGGAGUGGUUUGCAACUGAGUGUGAAGUAGCAAGAAUAAAAAUCAGGCCACCAUUGAUGUUCCAGGUCAUAGUUCCCCAUCUUUAGGGUGAGAGUUCCUGCUUCAAACAAAGGAGCUCGAGUAUCUUGGGCUCUUGGUCAUGAGUAAUGGUAAAACUGGAUGUAUAGGGCUGGUUAACUGUCAGUUCUGAGUGUUAUGUUACUGUCAUGGUGAUAAAGCGUACGUUAGAUCAUCCAUCUUCAUUUCAGCCUUUGCAUAAAACGAUAAAAAACUGCACCAUCAGCCAGUAGCAGGAAGUAGAAGCUGCAGCAUGUAGCUGCCUCUUCUGGGUACAUCUGGCAGGAGGAGUCUGUGGUGGACCCAGAGCUUGCUCGAGGGAUUUAAUAUCCCAUCUGGCUUAGGAAAGCCUUAGGAUCCCCAUCAACGGGUCUGAAAACAUUGCUUGGUAGAAUGAAGUCUGCGCUUAUUUCUCUAACCUGAUACUAAUGCACGAACGGAUGGUUUUCUCGUACGCUCUGCCUUUGUAACUUAAUGAGAGAAAUUUAGCUGAUUGGUCACAGCAGGACACAGCUGAAGGUUGAUUACUUCAAUGAAUGCAAUUUGCUCUCAAUCAUCCUUAUCAUGCGAUGUUUACAACACCGCGUAUCUUUUAAAUAUCAGGCAAAUUAAAUUUAAUGCUGCUCUUGUCACUGAAUUUAAUUUUUCCGAGCACUGCCGCCGUAGUUAUCACAAGGUUAAAUUGUCUACUCUGUGGGAAACCUUUGAUACAGCAGAGUCCCUGCUGUCUGCACACUCCCAGUUAACAGACAAUCACAACAUCUUUGAACAGUCGUAUCAAGAAGACUAUAAUUUAGUGCCAGAUAGUCGAGGCAAGGAGAUGCAAUAUAGAAAAGAAAAUGUGAUUUUUAUUGUGAUACUUCAAUGCCAGAUGUUAAUGUUUGACAUCUGGAGGGAAAAAAAGACAUUUAACGAGACUUGAAAAUGUGUAUUUCUCAGUAUCAUCUCUAUAUGACAGAAAAUAUCAGCUUAAUCUUCUAUGUAAUUACAUGUAAUGAAUCCUUAUCAGAGGCUUUGUCACACUUCGGCGUCCUCUGUAAGUGUUUGCUGCCCCCUGCUGGUAAAAACACAUUAUAGCAGGUUAUAUAGUCGGGUUGCUCUGCUUUCUCCAUUAUGAGGCUCAUUUAAAAUCCACAAUAUGGAUCAGGAUGAAUGAUGUGCUCUAACCAGGCAUAAUCUUAAUAAUCACAGAUUUAGAUGUUGUUUACAUUGUAGAGCGGGUCUUCUCUAAAGGACUGAGCCAUGUUUAGUCUGAAAAGUGACUUUGUUGUAAAUUAAGCCUCUGUUAUUUGGGGACGAGUGUGCGUCUUAAUGGAGCCUAUUAAUCAAGUGCUGAACUUCACUCAUACACACACACACAGAGUGCAGAUACGGUCAUACAGUAGAAGGGGAGUUUAUCAUUGUUGCGGUUUGCUCAGGUCGGACCCUGGAGUUGAGGCUCUGUUUCCAAAGAGUGAAGGACACAAGGACUGAAACAGAGGGGGGGAGAGGGGUUGAUCAGAGAGAGAGAGAGGGAGAGAGAGAGAGAGAGAGAGAGAGGGAAGGUUAGGAUGAGAGCGGGAUUUGCCCCUGGGAGCAGAGAGGCAGGGGGAUAAAAAGACAGGGAUAGAGUGAGUCAGGUGUGUGCUGAUCUCAUUGUAGGAGAAGCAGAAUGGAUAGAAAGUUUAGAGGCGUGGGACAGAUAGAAAGAGACAUACCAGGGAAAUACCUCAGUUGGACUUAAUUUGGGAUAACACAGACAGCAUAUCCAAGUUUAGAAGUUGGAUAAUUCUUACAGAUUUCUCCUCGAUCGAAGUGUGCAAAUUUAAAACCUGCUCAGAGUGAAAGGGUGAGAGGUAAGUGAAAAGAAAAAUGGAAAAGGAGCCGCAGAGUGAGAACAGCUUGCACACUAUAGCCAUCAUCCUUCUGUGCUGUGGGGCCGUCAAAAUGCUGCACCUACUGGGAGUCAUCAGUGUGGAUGGUGAGUCAGUGAGUACUACGACUUCUCUCCUUGUGAUCAGCAGCUGAUGGAAAGAGCGGGGUUUGAAGGAGUUAGGUUCUUGAUUCUGGACUUGUGUGAACUUCUACAGUGAUAGUUCAAACUCAAAUUAAAAGUAACUGAAAAAGCAGUGGCAAAUACUGAAAAGCAUAGUUUGAUAUUUGUAACUUCAAAAAGUAUGCUAGUGGUAAGACUGUGCCCAGCAUAGCACUCUUGGUCUCAAGGACUUGUGUGUUUCAUUUUUGCUGGCGUUGAUCUCCUUUUCACUGACAUAGUUUCAUCGACUGAUAAUAAUUCUGCCAUAAAAAUAGUGCUGUCUAUGAUAAUAUCAGAUUUUAGCAGUGUUCAGAAAAGUGAUCCUCAUGCAGCAACAACUUAAAAAAGGAAAAACUUUGAUGAUGACUGUAACUGAUAACAAUUGCGUCCUUCAUUUUUGAAGUUAGUAGAUAUUUUGUCAGAGUUUGAUGCAUUUGACAAAAACAAAACUAUGUAAUUUACAGAUACUUACAUUUAAUAGCAUUGGAUGUAUUGCCUUACAUCGUAUACACAUGGCUUCCUAUUUCUAUUCCUUUCUAUACUUUAAUGUAGUUGUACUGUAAUGUUAGUUUCUCUCCAUCCACAAAGACAGCCUUUUAUGAAAUACUUCCUCCCUGAUUUGAUUUUUAUAAUUACAUUUAUUUCUCCUGUUGAAGAAUAUAAAACAAUCUAAUAAAUACAGCACAAUAAAACCAAGAGGUAUAAGAAAGAGCACCCCAUAUAAGCUUUCAAAGGCUAUGAGAAAGGCGCCCAGACAAAUAAGAGCAAAUAAAAAGUAGAGCACAACUAACUAACAAGGUCAUACAUUUUUUAUCAACUCUUUGAAGAAGAAAGAGAUUAAAAUAUAAAUACUGACAGUUUCUGACUCGUCCAUUUGUGGUAAUAUUGAAGCUAAGUUACUUCUCUUCACAGGCAAAAAAUACAUUUUGCUUUACAGUCUGUUUUUAAAACUCACCCAUCUCCUCGGACUAUCAUCUUUAAAAAUCUUAAUACUGCAGCUCUUAUUGUGACAUACAUUAUAAAAAAAGUAUGUUAAAUCUGAGGCAUAAUUUAACACUGUACUCUGAGACAGGAUGCUCUAUACUGUGUGUGUUUGCAGGAUCUGCAUGUUGUAUGAUUGUGACAUUAAGGUUUAAAGACAGUCUGAAGACUCAGUGGAGCGUCUGAGGAAUGAAUAUUCUCAGAUUAUAAAGUGUACAAAUGAUUCAGUCUCACUGUGGAGUUUAAAACCUCAUUAAACUAAGAUGGAUGAUAAAACUCUGAGCCAGUUUGAUGUUCUUCUACUUUUAAAGUGUGUGAGGAAAUAUCUAAAGAUCAGUCGAACCUGUGAGUUGAUACCAACUCUUUGUGUAUGUGUGUGUCUAAGAGGUAAGUAUCUCAAACAGCAGUAGAGUCAUAAUGCACUUAUGCACGCAUAAUUGGAGAAUUAGUGGCAACUGUGUAAUAAUUUCUUGCUGGAUUGCAGAAUGUGUUAUUUAGUUUUAUCUCGACUCAUUUUAAGGUUAAAUAAGUUGGAUUUUUUCUUACUAAAUAAUCAUAUUCUGUGGAGCCAAACUUUAGAAAUUAGUUUGCUUUUGUUCGUAAUGCAACAUCAUAACUGAUUUCAGCAAUUAAAACCCACUUUGCUCUUAAAGCAGCUCUUCUGCAUAAUUAUUCAGUUCUUUACUAUCUAUGCAGAUGAUCGCACAAAACUUUGCUAUGUAUUAAAAAUAAACAAUGGAUUCAGAAUCUGUAAAUGCUCCACUGUUGACUAAGGUCUAAUUUAGCUGCAGUUUUUGUCGAGUUGUCUCUCAUGAUACUGCUCAAAUGGCGACCAUAACUCACUUAGAGAAUAGAGCUGAAGAAGUCUAAGUGUAAUGAAGCUUUACAACGCACUAAUGGCCACCUGCUCGUACAGAUAAAAUGUUUCUAUUUCAAGACUGUUGAUGUUUCAGAAUGUGUUUUGCCGAGGACAGCAUGAAUGUUGACCUCUGUGGCUCUUCAUUAAAGCCGAGCAGGAGUCCUAAAAGAGACUGCUGGAUGAUCUGGCUGUAUCAGAGUUCAUUGAUACUGCAGGGGCACAUCAGACACUGUUGUAACCAUCAUCUGCAAAGGAUCUCCCCAAGCCGACGAGUCUCACCUAGACUACAGAGCUGGACGGGUCAAGGAUGAACAAUCAACCACUGAUCUAAAAUGAUCUUCGUUUAACCUUCCAUUGUAUCACUUAACAACAAAUAACGUCUUUUUUCCAGUCUUGUGUUUGACUUCUCUAUAUCAUAUGACCUCUUUCUCAUAUUCUGAGUCUUUAUUACGGCUCUGUGAAAUUAUGCACAGUCACAACAGUAUGCAUAAUUAUACAGUAGAUGGCUGCAGGAAGUGUGUGCUCGCUUUAGCAAGAGUGAGUGAGAUGGAGAGAGAAGUGUCUUUUACACAGUCACAUCCACCUAUUGGUGCUGUGUGUGUGUGUGUGUGUGUGUGUGUGUGUGUGUGUGUGUGUGUGUGUGUGUGUGUGUGUGUGUGUGUGUGUGUGUGUGUGUGUGUGUCUCAGAGGUGGUGGUUUGUCCUCUUGUCCCUCCCCUCCCCUCCCCUCCAGCGAGGACAGUAAUGAGUUGUUAAUCAAAGGGCUAGUGAGAGGAGGAACAUUGAGCUGUUAGACUGACCUCUACAUCAGACCAGCUCUACCGCCCAUCCUCUCCCCGCCCUCUUCGAAAAGUUUUCAAUAGAAAAUAUGGAAAAUAUUUCAAACUCGAGUCGCUGAGCCCUCUUUUUUUAAUUUUUUAUAUUACCUGGAUUAUUCAGCUUCCCUUCCUUAAGUGUACUGUGUCUGUGUGUUUCUUCAGACAAGGCCGACGAUGACUUGGAGAUGACCAUGGUGUGCCAUCGACCAGAGGGCCUGGACCAGCUAGAAGCUCAAACCAACUUUAGCAAAAGAGAGCUCCAAGUGUUAUAUCGAGGCUUCAAAAAUGUGAGUGGAUGUAAAGAUACACGAUCAUCUUACACAAGUUUCCGUGAUUGAAUGUCUUAAACUUGCCAUAAUUUAAAAAAAAACUAAACUAUGGUUAAACACAGUUUCACUUUGGAGUGAGCAUAGAGAGAUUACAGGUUACAGGGACAACUUCAACCUAGAGCUCAGAAUCCAGUUUGAUCAUUGUUGAAGUCACAAGUGAAGAAGGGGACUGAUAGUUAACAUCUGAAAUAUUUCAGUCCUGUUGUAGUUUCUGGGGUAAAACCAGUCCUCCACAGCAGUUUUAACUACUGUGAAGUUGGGGUGGUUGAACACCAGGCGACUCAUGAUACAAUAGAAGAUAUGUGGCCCAUAAUAAGAGUAUUCAAGUGUUUGACAAGCAUAAAUGAUUUGUGCCUAAACCUGUCCCAGUGUUAUCCUUAAACUGAAAACAUGUAAACUACUUUUUUCUGUCUAUGAACAACUGUUGGUUAUAUUUGCCUGGUUUCAAUAACUGCUUGACUACGGGGUCCUGGAAAGUAUUAAAAGUCAGUUUAGCAAAAUCAAAGGCUGAUAAAACGUCUGUAAGGCCAUCUUGAUCAUACAACAGAAGUUGAGAAUUUGUUCACAGAGUUUGUGCACUAUUAGUUUGAAUUUUUAUGCAUUUUGUUUGUUUAAAAUUUUGAUUGAGUUAGUCUGUAUCUGUUUGGCUGUCUCUGAUCUGUGCCAUCUGAAAAGGCCAAAUGUUGUUGUUUUUUUUUUGUGCUCAUUCCACCAAUCCACCAACUGACUACUAUCAGCUUGGACAGGCUGAGCUCAACUGCAUUUAUAGCCACUAUGAAAACAAAAUAGUCAAAGCCCAACUUUAUUUUGCUGGAUCAACAUUUUUCCAUAGAAGUAAUUACAAACUGUCGACUUUUCUGUUAAAAAGUUAUUGCUAAAACAGGAGUUACAUCUUCAGUAUUAUAGUAAAGGAAGUUAGAGGUGUGUUCCUGACAUAAUGAUUCAUGACUCCAAGUGGCAUUGGCCUGUAACUUCAAACUGGGUCUCCUUCAGUCUUCUAUUCCUCUGUCCUCUUUGGGAAAACUUCUACAACAUGAGCAGGAAUACUGAAUUCUCUCCUUUGUCUUCUGAAUUCACCAGCACAUCUCUGACCUUCUUUUCCCCAGUCUGAUAUACAGUAUGUUUCAGUCUUCUACGUCUCUGUUUUGCUGCGUUAGUUUCCUCUUUGGUCAGUUAACCGCUGUUCAUGUGACUCUCAUUGAUAUCACUGCCCCCCCGUGGGGACUCAUGAGGUAGUGUUGCAGCGUGGCAGGGGAAUUUAUCUAGGGCAGUGUGAUAUUCAACACAUGCAUGCUCCUCCACCUGCAGCACACUGAUCAGGUGUUUGGGUCUGUGGGCUUCAAACAGAGAAAAACACCAUAAAACGAAAUAAUGAGUGAUGCUGACCGUGUCAUGUUGUUUACUGUGAUACAUGCUGACAAAAAUCUCAAACAACUCCACUUAAAAAAAACAGAACUAUCCCUUUAUUACAGUUUUUAAGUCGUUUUUAACACUCGGUCACUCUCUGUACGUCCUGAGCUUGAGGGUGAUCUCUGCGGUUUAACUCUCCCUCCUCCUCCCCCUCAUGCUCUGUCUCCUUUGUCUUUCCAGGAGUGUCCCAGUGGUGUUGUGAAUGAGGACACUUUCAAGCAAAUAUACUCACAGUUCUUCCCACAUGGAGGUAAAGAGAGGGUGUGUGUUGUGCUUUUGCAUCACCUGUCUUUAUCUCCUGAAUUCAUCUGAGGUGUUGUCUUCCUCUGCAGAUGCCAGCACCUAUGCACACUUCCUGUUUAACGCAUUUGACUCAGCACACACCGGCUCCAUAAAGUUUGAGGUGAGCUUGAUUUUUACACUUUUACUUUUUUCAAACAGAUUAUCUGGCUGUGUCAAGUUUAAAUAAAACUGUUUCUGGUUUUAAUUUCCAAAGUGGGACUCCUUUUUUUGUCUCUGCAUCAGGAUUUUGUAACAGCUCUGUCCAUCCUGCUGAGGGGAACUAUCACUGAAAAGCUGCAGUGGACCUUUAACCUUUACGAUAUAAACAGAGAUGGGUAUAUAAACAAAGAGGUGAGUGUUUGUGUGUGUUUGAUGAGUGCAUGUUUGAAAUAUGGUUCGGUGUUAUCAAAAACGCACUUUUAUUCUGUUUGACAGGAGAUGACAGACAUUGUGAGAGCGAUAUACGACAUGAUGGGGAAGUACACUUACCCUGUUUUGAAAAAUGAUGCACCCAAACAGCAUGUGGAUGCCUUUUUUCAGGUGACAACCUCUGGAUCUCUUACUGCUGUCUAAUAAAUAAAAACACCAAAAUAACAAAAACAAAUAAAAAUAGACAAGGAUGCACAAGUAAAAAUUAUGAUUUACAUUUCAGCUUGUGGUCAUUAUUCAACGUUAAUUUAGAGAAUAAAUCGCAAACAAAAAUAUAUUUAUAAUAUAAUGUGCAGAAAAAGAAAUGAAAAGAAAACUAAAAUGAUUAAAAAUAAAGGUUAAGUGGUCUUUGAAAAGUGCAGAAUUAUCAUACGACUGAAAUGAUCAUUACAAACCUUAAACUAACAGCUUGAAAAUAUUUUGCUUUGCUCUCCACAGAAAAUGGACAAAAACAGAGAUGGAGUGGUAACACUUGAUGAAUUCAUCCUCUCCUGUCAAGAGGUAUUUUCAUUUUCCCUUCCAGGAUCCUUUAACCUUUACAAAGCAGACAUUUUGACAUGUUUCUGCAGGAAUACAAGCUGCCAAAUAUGCAACUGUGAAACUCGUGAAUUUCACCUUUUUCUUCUCCUGCAAUAAAAGCAAUAACAUGUGCUGUAAACAUCGGCCUUUUGCUACAAAAAUAAUUUCACUUACCUUUCACAAACCGUUUUUCUGGCUUUUUGCUCAUUAACCUCCUCUGGAAAUCUCACAGCCCUCGCUAUUAAUUUUGGUGUUUGUCUGCUUUUAUAGGUUUGUCUGCAGAGAGAAUCAUUGACUAACACUUUUACAGGCUUUCACUGCCCCCUAGUGGCCAGUAAACAGAAUUAAAUGGUGUUUGGUGGGACCCUUUCAGCUUUUCAAUCUCGUUUGUGCAGGAUGAAAACAUCAUGAGGUCUCUGCAACUCUUUGAAAAUGUCAUCUAACCGACUAACGAUGGAGCAGGAGAAGAGGCAACAGAAAAAACACAGGCAUGUGUAAAGAACGAGGAACAAGGAGGAGGCACGGUUACGCAAAAAAGUACAUAAACAAGGACCUUGUGACUCGGUGUUGGAUCCAGAACUUCAUGGAAAAGCAUUUUGCUGUAACCAGUCAAUGCCGACAAACCAUCACAGGUUUCAGAGAAGUCCUUCAGACUUCAACCCUUCAUUUGAUCCGUCUCUGUCUCUCUUUUUUUGCUGUUUAUACAGUUACAGACACUUUGGACAUUAUGUAAAUAAAUACUGAUUCUCCUAAACUGGUUGAAACUUUUCUGGACUAUGUAAAUCAAACAAAAAUGAUCAAGCUGGACAGGAAAUCCUUACAGUAGCUUAGCAGUAAGAGUAAACUGAAACAGACUUUUGGGCUUAAAUUAAAAUUGUAGAACUUUGGCUUUGGGAUAACAAAAGUGAACAACAUUGUGAAGUAUGCACAGUAGAGGAAUAUGUAACGCAACAUAUGUGCCAUACAAAUACUUGUGUGCAGUUUACUCUGUCCAAGUGCAUACACUUGGUAAGCAAAGGUCUGAGCGGAGGCACUUUUUCUCUUGAUCCAUGUAAAUCGCACAGUCCUGGGAAGGUCUGCAGAGCUGACUUUGACCUCAGAUAGCUUGCAUUCAUCUCCUGACAGCUUGCAGCAGCCUUUAAAUCUCCUCCUGUGAGUUUUCUAGUAGUGUCUGUUAGUGUUUUAAUGUUAUAACAACACAACGUAAGAUAUUUAAUGUGGUGUUUGUGGCUUUUUUCUGCUGUACGGGGCAUUCGUCUGUCUGUGUGAUCCAGUUCUGCCUAUCUGUCUAUCUUUCUGUCAGAUAAAACUAAAUUGUAAUGACUCACCUGACAUUCAUUGUUGAAUAAAAAAUCUGUUUAGGGGUUUCCUAGAGUAAAGAUGCAGGGCCGUGCAUGUGUUUGUAUGUGCGUGGUGUCCUGACGUAAGGUGUCUGUCUUCCUGAAUAAAAUUUGCUGUUGCAUGUUGCUACAUCUUGUGGACGCUGCUGUCAGUCCACCUGAACAGGCUGUAUUUCUGCUAAAGAUGAAAGAUUUUUUUUGUCGCAAAACGCCGACUGAGAGCGACCAACAUUUCACUGUGAGGGACAGACAGAGGAGCAGAAGGACUGUUGAGAAAAACAGAUGAUGAGAGAGACCUUUUCACUGAUUCUGAAGGAACGGAAGCCAUGUUUCACACAAGAGCCAUCGUGUUGAAGAUUGAGCGGGACAAAAGUACAGAUUUAUAGAUGAUUUCCUGUCAUGCCCACUCACUGUGCUACCCAUAGUGUAAUAAAGCUCUGGCUUGUAUCAAAUGUUCCCAGACAUACUUCAGAUAGACUGACAGACAGGUAGAUAAACAGAUAGACAGCUUUAAACUGUCCAAAUAAAAUUGUGCGUGUUAAAAUGUUGUAUAAAAUCAUUAUAUUUAUCAAUAAACUUUUCAAGAAAUUAAA